AUGAUGGAUAUCACCGAGACCCACACAUCCAGUAAGAGUAUAGAGCAUGAUGUGAUAUCACCGAGACCCACACUCCAGUGAGAGUAUAGAACAUGAUGUGAUAUCACUGAGACCCACACCCAGUAAGAGUAUAGAGCAUGAUGUGAUAUCACCGAGACCCACACUCAGUGAGAGUAUAGAACAUGAUGUGAUGUCACUGAGACCCACACUCCGUGAGAGUAUAGAACAUGAUGUGAUAUCACGAGACCCACACUCAGUAAGAGUAUAGAACAUGAUGUGAUAUCACCGAGACCACACUCCGUUAGAGUUUAGAACAUGAUGUGAUAUCACCGAGACCCACACUCAGUGAGAGUAUAGAACAUGAUGUGAUAUCACCGAGACCCACACUCAGUGAGAGUACAGUACAUGAUGUGAUAUCACCGAGACCCACACUCAGUGAGAGUAUAGAACAUGAUGUGAUAUCACCGAGACCCACACUCAGUGAGAGUAUAGAACAUGAUGUGAUAUCACCGAGACCCACACUCUGUGAGAGUAUAGAACAUGAUGUGAUAUCACUGAGACCCACACUCCGUGAGAGUAUAGAACAUGAUGUGAUAUCACUGAGACCCACACUCAGUGAGAGUAUAGAACAUGAUGUGAUGUCACUGAGACCCACACUCAGUGAGAGUAUAGAACAUGAUGUGAUAUCACCGAGACCCACACUCUGUGAGAGUAUAGAACAUGAUGUGAUAUCACAGAGACCGACACUCAGUGAGACUAUAGAACAUGAUGUGAUAUCACCGAGACCCACACUCAGUGAGAGUAUAGAACAUGAUGUAUAUCACCCACACUCCGUGAGAGUAUAG